CUGACAGUACUUUAUUUGAUCUGUUUACAGUUACAAGUAAAUCCAGCAUGUGCAUGGUGAUCACAAUGAUUUCGUUUGCUUUUAUUUUUUUAUUGCUUUGGUCUCUUACCUUAUGUACUGGAUUUGAUGUCAGAAUAUUCGCUCGUCAUUAUCCUAAAGCGUAAGCAAAUGCACCAUCAAGUGCUGUUACAUUAGAAAAGUGGCAUGUGGAUGCAGUUCUGGCUGUUCAAAUAUUUCUUAUAGAAUCGAAAGAUUGCAAGUUUGGAAGGCCCAAAUGGAUCCAAUGAUAUUAUUUUGGCACUUUUACAUUUAUUCAAAGAGUUUAUUCAAUUAUGUUAUGCUGUUGAACCUGAAACAGAUUUUGAAAAAGAAAUGAAUAUGAACAUUUCAAGCCUCCUGCAUGGUGAUUAUUUAAGUCCUUAUUAAUGAAGCUCAAAGUCAUUAUGAAGAAAGUUUAGACUGAGAAAGCUAUCAGAUAACAAAUUUAUUGAACGUUCCUGGAAACAUGGCAGGCAGUCCGGGAAAAAUGAUUUUUCUCAUGCGGAAGUGCAACUCUACCAACGUUGAACAAUUUCACGCCGUCGACUGUGUCGACAUCAAUUAUCCUGUGCAUUAUUCAGAAAACCAACAACGCCUUAUGUUUUAUUGAAUUUUGCUGUUAUAAAUUAAGCAGUCUAAAUAUUCAAUGUCACAGAUUGGUAGAGGCGCAGCGACGUGCAUGAUACUUAUUUCUUAAUAAUAAAAUGCAGCGAUGAUCUCUUUUGAAGCGGUAAUAGUUCUCCUUGAAACCGACGCAUAAUUUAAACUUAUUCACAUCUAGCCAUCUGCAAAAAAAUCAAAAAAACAACAGCUGCGUACUGAUAAGAUGAGCAAUAUUCACUUUGGCAUAUAAUGUAUUGCUACCUCUCUCCACCAAUAAGAGGCUUUGUUUCGUCAGACAACAAAGGAAAGUUGAGCGAUAAUUUUUUAAGCAUAAACUAACCCAUUGAUAUUAUUUCCGUAAAUUUCGACUUUUUUCUUUUUUCAACCUAUCAAUACAAAUCAAGUCUUACGGCUUACUGACGGCUGCCUGUUUAAACGUAGGAGCUAUUUUAUUCAAAGGCUAAAAUUUCGCGAUGAGUGCAAAGAAAAUGAAUAUUGCAGCAGCUCCAGUGAAGAGUAAUUUUCUGCCGGUGCCAAGCAUUCAGUUAGUGAUAGUUUGUGUUUCACUCGCUGUCGCUUUAACAAUGGCUGCGUUGAUAAUUUUCGUCGAUGUCGCUUCUCCAUCACUCGCUGACAUUUUCCUGACUCCAAAGUAUUUUCCGUUAGGACAAGGUCUCCAGUUGCGCAGCCGUCGCUGGACCAAGUCAAAAUAUGAAUGUGAUAAAUAUUGCACCGACAAUGAUGAAAAUUUUCAGAGAUUUAAUGGUGUACAAUGUGGCCGUGCUGUGUGGCAGAGCACGGCAGAUUACGGCGAAGGGGACAGAUAUGUCAGCAGAAUUGACACGUUAUAUAAACUAUUUGAAAAUUCAUCUGGGGCCAUGAAGUAUUUUAAUAACUAUUGGUCUGAUAGACUGGAUGAUUCACAAGCUAUACCUUUGGAACAUUACUUCGAUGACACAAGCAUAUCACCUCAAGCUGGGAGAAAUUAUAAAGCGUAUCGCUGGGAUCCUAUAGCACGACCAGUGACUCAUGGAACAUCGAAGCAACCGAGACAUAUUCAUUACAUCUUUGUACAAGAUCGUGUUUUUGCUCGAUUGCUUGUGCAAGGCUUCAACAACAGUCAUGAUCAGAGACUUGCCGUCGACUUCACUGGGAGGCUGGCUGGUACCAUGUCUGGUCUUAUUGAUAAACACGAACCGUCUUCGAUUAGAAAAUUCUUACUCUCCGUACAACGUGGUAUACGUUAUGUUCUAAGGUCUACUCCUGGGAUAUUCGUUCAGAAAUUAUCAACAGCUCUGCAUAUUUUGUCCUGUUGUUCUUCAAGUGUUCUCAACGGCACUUGGUCAUCUUGGCGACGAUGGCUUCUUAUACAAUUGAAGUCACUUUGGCGACAUGUCACAGGUUCGUCAAUGAAAGACCUUCACUUUCUUUGCGUGGCAAUCGCGGUUUUCGUGGUGCAUAAAGUUCAGACAUUAUUAUCUCAUUAUGAUGAGAUGAGCUUCAGUCAUAUUAAGUGUCGUAGUAUGGUUACAACUGCCGUUGAAAAUAGUCGUCGACAACAAUUAAUCGGUCAAAGUUUAGAUGCCGAGUUUUAAAUGUAUUAAUACGUUUUAAUAAAGUAUAAGGCUCAUUAUGAGCAUUACUUCUAUUAUUUAAUGCUGAAUAAAAGAGUUAUGUUUUUUGACAUGUUUCACAUGUAA